UUGUGACGCAAGGGCAAACCUACAGCAAAAUGCCUUCUUGCAUCCUGGCAUCCAUUCAGAGCAGGACGGGGGUCCUGCAUGCUUAGAAAUGUUGUCUCACUCUCUGGAGGAUCUCUGGGUGCAGCCACCCCCAUCAUCUUCCCACACAGGUCCAUGGUCCUGCCGCAACCACCUUCUUGCCAACAUGAGAACCCAUCAGCUGUCUCUUGGUAGGAGCCACAGCCUGAGUGGCCUGUCUCAAAUGAAAUGCAAAGGCACAAAGCAGUGGGAAAGUUCAGAGGGACAGCUGGCAAGAAGUGGGAGUUAUUAUGAGAUGUUGGAUGAUACUCCUCCAUCUCUCCCUGCUCUCCUUGGGGAGAAGCCUCCAAUUUAUUACAAUCUGGAGGAGAUGAAACAAUUACCAGCCACACCCCCUACCCCACGCAGCCCACCGUUACAGGUGCUGGAAGCCUGGGAACGUCACAUAGAUUCCAGCUCCCUGCGCAGUUAUUACUACAAGCCUGCAACAGGUGAAAAGUCAUGGAAGCCACCCCGGAGGAGCCAAGAGAUGAGCUUGGUACAGAUAGAGGGAAAUGGUCUCUCAGCUCCAGCAGAUCCUGCCCCAGGAGCAACCCCGGACCAGAUGGAAGAGAGAGUGAGCGGGGAGCAGCCUGGGGCUCAGGGUCUCUGCCCCCGGGACAAAAAGCUGGGGUAUACCAAAUCCUUGAUGCUGCCAGAGACACGGCUUCCCAAGGGAAAGCAUCAGCGGAAUCAUUCCCAAUAUAGCUGUGAGGCCUGGUUAGGAGAAUACCCUGCACCAUCACCUACCAAUGGUUCCUCCUCAGACAAUGCUGAAUUGCUGCACAUGGUGGAGAAAUCUGGACAGCUGAACAAAACCAAGAUUGCUGAAGGAGGUCGAAAACUCAGAAAGUGCUGGGCAUCUUCAUGGCUGGUAUUAGCUGGAAACAGCCUCAUGUUCUACAAGGACCCUAAGGUGACAGCUGCGUGGACUCCAUCUGGUAGCCGACCUGAAAGCAGUGUGGAUUUGCGUGGGGCCCGUAUUGAGUGGGCCCGGGACUUGUCCAGCAAGCGGAAUGUUAUCCAUUUUCGCACUGUGACUGGCAAUGAGUAUCUCUUGCAAUCAGAUAAUGAAGCUGUCAGCCAGGACUGGUACCAGGCGAUCAAAGGGAUCAUCCACAGGCUAGAUCAAGAGAAUCCUCUGAAUGAGCCGCUUCUAUACCCACUCUCCCGGUCAAGCAGUACUGAACUUGUGGAUCUCAGUGGGGAUGAUGAAGAGGAACUUGGGCUGUCCAAGGGUGAAGUGCCAGCAGCCCCUGGUAGUCCUGGCAGAGUCUACAAGAAAAGGGUCAAAAGCAAGCUGAGACGCUUCAUCGCCAAGCGACCUCCCCUGCGAAGUUUACAGGAGAAGGGACUGAUCCGAGAUCAGGUCUUUGGCUGUCGGCUAGAAGCCCUGUGCCAGCGAGAAGGGGGCACAAUACCCCGGUUUGUCCAGCAGUGUGUGGAAGCUGUGGAACAGAGAGGGCUGGAUGCAGAUGGAAUCUACAGGGUCAAUGGGAACUUGGCCAUUAUUCAGAAGUUGAGAUUCAUAGUUGAUCGUGAACGGGCAGUGACAUCCGAUGGGCGCUAUGUCUUCCCAGAGCAACGUUGCCAAGAGGAGAAGCUGAACCUGACCAGUCCACAGUGGGAUGAUGUGCAUGUGAUAACAGGGGCCCUGAAGCUUUUCUUCCGAGAGUUACCUGAACCCCUAGUUCCGUACAGCCACGUUGAUGAAUUUAUAGCUUCUGUCAAGUUGUCUGAUCCCAAGGAAAAGGUGUCAAAGCUGGCAAGGGUGAUCCGGAGUCUCCCUCAACCCAACCGGGACACCCUGCGUUACUUAUUGGAGCACCUCCGCAACAAAACCAACCAACCAACCAAAUCACAAGAAAGGAAAAAUAGCAAAAGGACACUAAGAAUUAAAGCUCUCUUCCACAAUGCUAGGAACCAAAGCAGAUGAAUUGAAGAGCAAUUAAUCACUCAUAUCCUUGAACAAGAAGCAAUAAAAAGAGGGAACUAUUAAUUAAAGGUAGAAUACACUAGACAGACUGGCCUUGCAAUUGCAUUUUAUUAUGCAUACUGCGCUGGAAGCUGAAUC